AAAACUUGAUAGGAAAACCAAAAUUUCUAAACCAUUCGUCUGAUAAAUUUAGCAAUUUGAUUUUCUGAUCGACAAGACACUGGCAGAUUAACAGAGAAAGGUUACCAUGAGCAUGAAAUUACAGAAAAGAGUUGAAAUGGAGAGAAAGGCUACCAUGAGCAUGAAAUUGCAGAAAAGAGUUGAAAUGGAGUGAAGCAUAUGGGCCCGAUGAGAAGACAAGUAUCCAAAUUUGGGCCUAAUAAUCACCAAAAAGUUAAGAUUUUUCCUACUUUCGUACAGAAUCUUUUAUUUUUGUAUGUAGCCGGUUGUUUGCCGUGCUUUGGUAGCCGGUUGCAGAGACAGACAAGGGGAUGAAAUUGCUGAAUGUCACCAUUGUUGAAUCCGACGCUGUUCUUUUCAAUCUUCGUCAUUUCAGGAAAAAACUAUAUAGGCACAGACACAUAUUUAUGCAUAGAUGGAAUUUAUUACCUUGAUUUUUCCUUGUUUGAUCCUCCCGACUGUACCUACAUCUAUCACAGGAGAUCGAUCGUCCUAGUUUAACCUUGAGUUCAAAAGGUCCUCCUAUAGGCCUAUGUAUCCCAUGUUUGUCUAAGUUUCCAUAAGCUAGCCUUGCAAGGGCUAGUGUUAUGGAAUCCACUAACCAAAGGGGCAAGUAGCUGAGAAGGUUCAUGCCUAACCAUAUAUCUUCUUCUUAACUAUGUGGAAAGUGCUUCAGCCUACAUUUCACCCAUGUCUAACGUAUGGUCGUUUACUAGGAAUUAGUGGUCCACUAUACCCAAUUCUAGUAAUUAACUGACUGUUGCGACUACUAAGAAUUUUGCAACAUAGUGUUCGGGUUCACCGGUAAAAUUAACUUCGCUUCUUACUUGGACGUCUGGCUGAACUUCAUGACUGGUCGACAGUUGAGCCAAAACGUCCAAGCACAAAAUAAAACUGUUGUGUCUCGGCUUAAGAUAUCGUCUGAGUCCUUUUAAGGAUUGACGUUCCAACAUCGAUCCUUGCUCGAAAGUAUCACUUAUCAUCUGUUAGGAUAUGACUAGAUUCAUGUGCAUGCUUCCCUGGAGUUAAUGUAUAGAGAUCUUCUACACUUCUUUUCAGUGAUCCUGAAAAUUUUAGGUGUGCUAUUAUUGACAAAUCUAUGUAUCUGUGGCGAUAAACAUGAUAUACACCAUGCUACAAGGAAGCAUAUAUAUAUACACGCAUAUUGCAUAUGAAAUCUAUUGCAUUCUCUCAUGGUUAGCUAAUCAAGUUCACUUGCUGCAUAUACCUUCUAGGAAAGUUGUUUUUUCUCCAGGUUCACAAUGAAUCACAUGCGCAGUUAAGGAGUUAGUAUCUUUUCAUAUAGCUAGCGGAUCAAUGCGCCAUUGUUUUUUAUUAUUGAAGGUAAUGAAUCAAUUUAAGCGUCACACAUUUUGUUAGUAAGGUGCAUUUCGUCAGUGUAACAUUCUGGUAAGAGUUAGUCUAUACUGACGCUUAUAUAUCAUCAGUCUCACCAAAUAUAUAUAUUUCGUGUCCCUUCUAUUCUAUAUUUCUGCAUUUUCAUUUACUUAGCAAAUUAGCUAUUGUUAACACAUACUGCACCUUGUUUCCGGGUAUAUUAGCAGUGAAUGUACGUGUUUCCUUGUAAGAGUCCGGUGAGAAGUCAUUAAACACUUGGAUAUCUGAAGUUAGGUAAGAUAGAUAAGAGUAGCAUCUUUGCAUGUAGAGAAAAACGAUAAUGCACAUUCGUAUUUCAUCUUAUGGUAAGCAUCAUCAAAAUCCUUAUCGCCGUCAUUAAGACAGAUUAAGGCAUUCCUAAUCGAACGACUAAUGUUCAAUCUACAUGCAUAUCUACCUAACUUACUUUCCAAAUCAUUCUCAUUUUCGAUGAUACUGAAGUAUUCAAGUUUAUGUCUUUCCUUAUGUUCAUUUGGUGUUAUAUGCAUGAAGCAUAAUAAAUACAAUUUGCUAAAAAUAGCUCUAUUUAAUUAUCAUGAUCAAUUAAAAGAAGUGUAGGAUUUCUCUCAUUAAUGUCAUUUGGGUGUUUUUGAUCCCAUCUUCAUCUAUAAGAACACCAAACUUCAAUAUGGUCUCUACAGACAAAGUAUCGAUCUUAUCGUUGUAUCGUGUCCUUCAUUUGCUUAUUCUGCAUUUCAUACUAGGGUUUUCAAUGGAGGAAGUAGUGGUGAUUGUAGGUGCUGGUCCAUCAGGUUUAGCAACAUUCGCUUGUCUAAAGCAACUUAAUAUCCCAAGCAUUAUUUUAGAACGCGAAGAUUGUCAUGCUUCUCUGUGGAAGAAAAGAGCUUAUGAUAGAUUAAAGCUUCAUUUAGCUAAACAAUUUUGCAGCCUACCUCAUAUGCCUUACCCACCAAAUACUCCUACUUUUGUCCCUAGAGCCAAGUUUGUCGAAUACAUCGAUAGCUACGUCGAAAAAUUCGAUAUAAACCCUAAGUGUAACCGAUCUGUCGAGUCUGCUGUUUACGACGAUCACGAAGCCAAAUGGAAAAUAGAAGUUAAGAAUCUUGUUACCGGUGAACCGGAACAUUAUGUUGCAACAUUCUUAGUGGUCGCAACAGGUGAAAAUAGCAAAGGGUUUAUUCCAAAAAUCCCUGGAAUAGAGAGUUUCGCAGGGGAUAUCUUGCACUCUAGUGAGUUCAAAUCUGGCAAGGAAUAUAAUGGGAAGAAAGUUUUAGUUGUUGGCUGUGGAAAUUCUGGUAUGGAGAUAGCUUAUGACCUCUCCAACCAUGGUGCUUCGACAUCUAUCGUCAUUAGAAGCCCUUUCCACAUAGUAACCAAAGAGAUGAUAUGGUUGGGCAUGAACCUGCUCAACUACUUGCCUCUUUGGUUAGUAGAUUCCAUAACUCUAGCCCUUGCAAGGCUAGCUUAUGGAAAUUUAGACAAGUACGGGAUCCAUAGGCCUAGCGGAGGGCCAUUUGAACUCAAAGUAAAACUAGGACGAUCUCCUGUGAUUGAUGUUGGUACAGUUGCGAAGAUCAAACAAGGAAUAAUCAAGGUUUUUCCCGAAAUCAUGAAGAUUGAGAAGGACAGCAUCCAGUUUAACAAUGGUGACACUGAGCAGUUUGACGCCCUUGUUUUUGCCACCGGGUAUCAAAGCACCGCGAACAACUGGCUAAAGGACUUCAACUACAUACUUGGCAAAGAUGGAAUGCCGAAAAACAAGUUCCCAAGUCACUGGAAAGGAACAAACGCAGUUUACUGUACUGGUUUAUCUCGAAGAGGUUUAGCUGGAGUUUCGGCUGAUGCACAAAAAGUUGCAAACGAUAUCGCCAUGAUCUUCAAAGCAGAGAAGAGGCAUAACUAGUUAAAUCGAUGAAUUAUCUUUACUUCUUUGUUAUUAUCUAUGGAACAAACGUAUAUUUCCUUAUGGUUUUUUAUUUUUUGUGUGUUUAAAAUUUUGAAUAAUUUUUGUUGUAUUUGUAUGUACGAGGAUGUCUACAUGAACUUUGCUCCUACGUACCUUUAUUUUGUAUUGCAGUUUUGCUGUGUUAGCAACAACGAUGUGUGUUCAUUUGUUUAAGUAUCACUUGAAUUUUCUCCUAUGUUACCUUUAUUUGUUCA